AUGAACAUCCGGCCGGCGACCCUCGCCGACCAGCUCGGCAUGCAGAACUGCAACCUGCACAACCUGCCCGAGAACUACACGAUGCGCUACUACCUCUACCACGCGCUGACGUGGCCGCAGCUGAGCUUCGUGGCGACGGACGAGAAGGGGCGGGUGGUCGGGUACAUCCUGGGCAAGAUGGAGGAGGAGCCGUCCGACGGUGUGCCGCAUGGGCAUGUCACGUCGAUCUCCGUGCUGCGCUCCUACCGGCGGCUCGGCCUGGCGAAGAAGCUCAUGACGCAGUCGCAAGAGGCGAUGCGCGACGUCUUCCAAGCGCGCUACGUGUCGCUGCAUGUGCGGCAGACGAACCGCGCGGCCAUCGGCCUGUACCGCGACACGCUCGGCUUCGAGGUGCACGAGGUGGAGAAGGGCUACUACGCCGACGGCGAGGACGCGCUGGGCAUGCGCCUGACAUUAAGUUGAAAUGGCACCUUGAAACGAGAUCUGCAGAGGAUGAGCUGGCGGGAAACUAGGGCGGUAUGAG